ACCCUCUACCCAAUUUAACAUUUCCCAAACCCCAACAUCUCUCAUUCUUCAUGGGACCCCACCUCCAUUUCCAUUAUUCUUCUUUGUUCCUUUCUUCAACUUGAACUUCAUCCAUCCCUUCCAUUCUUCUUCGUCUUCUUCCACCCCAUGGAUGACUACAACAGGUCAAAAUCCUACGGGCCUAACUCCAUGCAGUUGGACACCUACUACCCUCCUCCUCCUCCUCCUACCUCUCGACCUCCCAAUACUUACGACCUCCGGAGCUACAGUGCUUCCUAUGCUCACGCUCAGAUGUCCAAUUAUGAAUUCAAUAACAAUAACAACAACGUUAAGGACUUCAAGUUAAAGAAAGGGAAAAGUACUUCUGCCUCUUCUUCUUCAGCGCCCUGGAGCUUUGCUGACCCUGAGUUUCAAAGGAAGAAGAGGGUUGCCAGCUAUAAAAUGUACAGUGUUGAAGGCAAGGUUAAAGGGUCUUUGAGGAAGAGCUUUAGGUGGCUUAAGGAUAGGUACACCCAGGUUCUCUAUGGCUGGUGGUGAUUUUUUUUUUUUUCCUUAUUUGGUUAUUGUUGUUGUUUAUCUUAUUUUGUAAUUGUAUUUAUGUCAUGGUAUAUUUGUGACAAUAACAAAUUUUGUGUCACUAAACCGGGGGGAAAAAGAAGAACUUUUUAGAUUUGUGGGUAAUUUGUUAUCAAUUCUUGAUGUGGUUUGGCCACUUGGGGUCUAGUUUUAAUGUAAAAUCUAGCUCCUGGAUAUCUUAUCUGCUUUUAAUUUAUUUGCCUGUUCUUCUGAAGA